UUGCUGCCGUCCCCGCUGUCGCUGCUGCCGUUGGUGUGCGGUGACUGUGGGCCGCUGCCCAACCUCAGCAGGGCUGAGCCCCCGGAGGACGUCCGGCACAAGGACAGCUUCCCUGUGGGCUCCGAAGUAACGUACAGAUGCCGCCAGAAUUUAUCGAAAAUCCCAUCACGGUUGGAUACAAUAACGUGCCUUAGUAACUCCCUAUGGUCCAACCUGCACGAGUUCUGUGACCGCAGCUGCCAGAGCCCUCCCCAAGUGGCUUUUGCCAAACUGUCAGAAGAAGAUGAAAUGAAGAAUUUUUAUGCUGUUGGGAUCACUGUGAGCUACAACUGCAGACCAGGCUACGAGAACAGCACGGCUGAACUCCCCAGCAGCACCUGCCGUGAGAAUUCAACGUGGUCAGAAGUUCCUGAGCUGUGUCACAAGCAGUCUUGUGGUCCUCCGACAAAUCCAGAACACGGCACUGUUGUGGGAACAGAUUACCUCUUCCUUGCAAGAGCCGAGGUGGUUUGUGAUGAAGGGUACACACUGUCACCAAGGAUACCCGUCAUCCGAUGUUUCACUCGGGGAAGUGGGGUUGCCUGGACUCCACUUCCAACGUGCCAGGGUAAAGGAGGCCAGCAGCACUUGGCUGGAACUUCUCCCUCUGUAGCUGGCACUACAGCAGUGACAAACUCAGCCCCUCAUUUGGAAGAGAAGGCAUCGGAGAACCGCUACAUCCUGCCACUUGUCCUCAUCCCUUGUGUCACUGGAGCUGCUGUGAUUGUCGCCUGGAGCAUCAAGAAGUGCAGUGCGAGUAAAAAGACUGGGUCUUACAAGCCAAAUCCAGCAGAUGAAGAGCAGAACCCAUGCCACAGAGCACAGACUUUUGACUUGGCCAAAAGUCAGAUUUUGCACUUUGUCCGUGAAGUGAAGCUCUUCCAGUUGGUUUUUCUUUCCGUGAUCUGGUACGGGUCUGGUCCCUGCAGAGCAUGCAGUUGGCUAUGUGCAGCCAUUUCUGAGCGUGUGGGUGGAUCAGAACCCCUCCUUCAGCACAGCAGGGCUGUGUCAGUGCCAUUGGAUGCACCCAUCGCUGCCUGCAGAGCCCAGACCGGUGCCAUCCUCUGCAGAGCCCAGAUAUUUGGCCUAGAAAAAGAAUGCUGUGACAUCUGCGACGUGGUCAGGAUGAUGAUGGUGCCAACUCUGGUGUCAGUGAGACCAAGGGGCCGUGCUGUUGUCCUGGUGCUGCUCCUCACUGCUGCCCUGGUGAUGGGCACCCAGGGUGCUUGCGAUGCUCCGCCACGGUUCUCAUUUGCAGAACUGAAGGAGGACUACCUGCACAACAGGACAUUUUCCACCUCUGAAGUGGUGGAAUACAGAUGUCGGCCAGGCUACAUGAGGAAUUACAAGGCACGAAACACUUACAUUUGUGAAAAGAACAGCUGGAAAGGAUCGAACAACUUCUGCUUACCAAAGCUCUGCAGUUACCCUGGAGAGCCGACCAAUGGCAGGCUUGUGGAAAUAGAGCAGUUCACCUUCGGGUCCAUAGCAAACUACAGCUGUGACACUGGGUACAGACUGGUUGGAAAUUCCCAGAUUAGGUGUGUGAUUAAAGAUGGGCAUGUUACGUGGGAUGGAAAUACUCCCAUCUGUGAACCAAUUCCAUGUUUACCCCCUCCAAAAAUAGCUAAUGGAGAUCACAACAGAGGUGACGUCGCGCUCUUCACUUACGGAGCUUCUGUCACCUACCACUGCCACACUGACAGCAGGGGGAGGAAGCUUUUCUCCAUGGUGGGGGAUGCCUCUAUUUUCUGUACAACCACUGACAAUGUGAAUGGUGUCUGGAACAAGCCAGCCCCAGAGUGCAAAGUGGUGAGCUGCAGGGAGCCCCAGGUGGAGCACGGCAGGCUGCAGAGCAGGUACAGAGCUGAGUACACCUACGGUGACACCGUCGUCUUCGACUGUGAAUUCCGUUACGUGCUGCUGGGCAGUGACACAAGCAUGUGCCAGGAGGAUGGCAGCUGGGAUCCACCACUACCGCAAUGCCAGCGCAGCAGCUGUGAUGACCCUCCUGACGUGCAGAAUGCUGUUAAAGCAAGACUUGCGGGCAAUUUAUUUCCUGUUGAGACUGUCAUCACUUAUGAGUGCCAGACAGGCUAUGAGUUCAGCCCUGGAGUAGUGACACAAAACAUCAAUUGUCUGCCAGACUAUACAUGGACUGAAAUUCCACCGCCCUGUAAAAGAAUUAGUUGCCCAAAUCCAGCUACCAAGAGGGGAAUGCACAUAAGCUCCUGGGGCAAAAAAGACACGUAUGUGAUGGGAGACAGAGUCCAAAUUAUUUGCGACCCUGGCUAUGUUUUCAAGGAUAGUGAUGAUUAUGUCGUGCUUCAGUGUACAAACGACGGCACGUGGAACCAGGAAGCACCGGAGUGCAUUGCAGAACCUCGUUGCCCAAAGCCUGUCAUUGACCACGGGAGAGAGGUUUAUAAGAGCAAAAAUGAUUACACAGUUGGGACUCAAGUGAAGAUAGAGUGUGAUGAAGGCUACAUGAUCAGUAACCAAGAGUCGAUCACGUGCCGGGCUGAUGGGAACUGGUUUCCCACGUUACCCUACUGCCAGCAAGCCUGCGGCCCUCCUCCGCAAAUCACCCACGGGCUGGACAUCAACCCAACAUCAUCAUUCUUCCACUAUGGCUACAGAAUGAAAUACGGUUGUGCCGCGGGGCUGUCCCUCAUCGGGGAUGAAUCCAUCUACUGCACCUCUGAAGAUGGAGUGAACCUGGAAUGGAGCGGCCCUGCCCCGGAGUGCAGGGUUGUUCGCUGCCCCAAGCCCGUGGUUGAGAACGGAGAGAUGGUUACACCACAGCACACCUUCCCUUAUGGGACAUCCGUGCGCUUCUACUGCAAGAAUGGCUUCACACUGCAUGGCGAUGCUGAGAGCCACUGCACGGCUGAUGGCAGCUGGCAGCCAGCCCUACCCAAAUGCCAGCCAGUUCUGUGUCCCAAACCACGAGUUGCCAAUGGAAAGCUGACAAGCACUGAUCAGACGUGGUACCCAAUAAACACAACGGUCACAUUUGUGUGCCACGAGGGAUACCACCACUUCUCAGGUGAUGGAGAAGCUGCAUUAAAAGACUCUUGGACAGCCACGUGCUUGGCUGAUGGCAACUGGACGCCAUUGCCCAAGUGUAAGAAGGAAGGUGAUGCUGAUGUGUGCGGAGAGGUUGCUUAUAUUCAGAGCAUCAUAUCUGACUGCCACGUGCCUACAGAGGAUGUGAAAACUCUGCUGGAAAUACAAAAACUCUUCCUGGAGAUUCAAAAACUGAAAGUGGAAUUCCAAGGACUGAGCAAGGAGGUCCUGGAGCACAUCCUGCAUUAAACAGCCUUUCGUGUGGGCACAGUCCAUACAGUCAGGGUUCCUAUAAGAAGCCUCCUAGGAACUGUAUGGUUUUUGCUUCCAUAGGGCCAGAUCACUUCUGCCAUGCUACAUGAUAGAGCACGGAGGGGUUUUUUUCUAACCCUCAGAUAGGACAUGCUUGAUUUGCUGUGUACCACUUUUUGCUUUAGGAAGCAAAGCAAGAAGUUCAACUGAGCUUCUCUGAGUCCCUGUAUAAAUUGUGCUAAGCCAGAAGUGGGGUUGAAGUCUGUGAAAGCAAAUUCCUGGCAGAGGUGAUUGCCCAGCACCAGGCUACAAGUGUUUGCAUACCACGCCUAUCUAGACAUAGCAAUGGAGUGAGUACUGAGCUGCAUCACUUCCUAUUAACCUGUGUCACGAUCUUCCAUGGUUUCUAUUCAUCUAGUUACGGGCAGUGUCAGGGCAGUAACAAAACCAGGCUCUAAAGCCCACUUGCUUAUCCCUGGAUUUAAGAGGUAACAGGAUUCUGUACUUGAGAGAUGCCAGUGUUGGUCUCAUCUUCCACAUCCCUGUGUCUGCAAGCAAAUGCUAAGAAUAGAGGGUGCAAGUUUAAGUACAGCGAAUCAGAUAGCAAUGAUUUCUCUUAUUAUUCAAUAAACAAUAAUCCCUUCA